UCUCAUGUCCAAUCUUUCUCAAAUGACAUGUAAGUCCAAAAUCUCUUCAAAAAAAUGCGUACUUACUGUUAUUAUUGUGUUGCUAUCAUCUCCAUUUCUCUCUUCCUCACAACAAGAGCCACUCAAUCUUCUGCUGCUGCUGAGUCUGCCAUUGCCAAUCAUCAGCAUGCCUACUUGAGCACUGCCAACCAAUUCUUGGGUCCCCACAACGCCGCCCGUGCUGCACUAAGAAUGCCUCCACUGAUCUGGGAUACUAGGCUAGCAAAUUAUGCGCAGUGGUAUGCUAACCAGAGGAGGUUCGACUGCGACCUGAGGCACUCGAAUGGACCUUAUGGUGAGAACAUUUUCUGGGGGAGCGGUACUGGGUGGACACCGGCUCAGGCUGUCACCGCAUGGGUCUCGGAGCGGAAGUGGUAUAAUUACUGGUCUAAUUCUUGCUACGGACAUCAAGAAUGUGGGCACUAUACUCAGAUUGUUUGGAGAAAAACAAGAAGAAUUGGAUGUGCUAAAGUGACUUGCUCUGAUGAUUUGGGAGUUUUCAUGACUUGCAAUUAUGAUCCUCCUGGUAACUACAUUGGAGAAAGGCCUUACUGAACUUAACUGUUCAUGUGUUAAAUAAAACCAUUUUUGCAAGUCUGGAAAUAUGGAACUCAAGAUACAGUUAAAUUCUUAUAAUUAAUAUUGUUUAGUCAA